GAAAUAGACCAGAAUCCCGCCAUUCCAUAAUCGGCUGAAACCGAAAUUCAGGAACGAUGAUCCAUCCAGACCAGGUCGCGGAGAUGCUGAAGACCCUGUCGCCGACGACAACAAACACGGCAGCGCCAGGGCCCAUUCCUACCGUCAUCCGUGUGUUUGACCUAUUCCCUGGCUAAAUGAUGUUUUCGUCCUUGCUGAAAGCUCUCCAGCAACCCCGACACGAUAUGAGGUUACCGGUGCCGAGGGCCAUCGUGCGCUAUGGAUUGUUUUCGCCCUCAUGCUAGCGUCGUCGGGCGUAUUUGCUGCCAUGUCGUGGAACGUGCCCGUGUCUCGACGGGUAUACCACGUCAUAACGACCCUGAUCACCAUAAUCGCGACGCUGUCCUACUUCGCCAUGGCGUCGGGCCACGCUUCAACCUUCAGCUGUGACACGGCUUGGGAUCACCACAAGCACGUCCCCGACACGCCCCACGAGGUGUGCCGCCAGGUCUUCUGGGGCCGCUACGUCGACUGGGCCCUGACCACGCCGCUGCUGAUCCUGGACCUGUCCCUGUUGGCCGGCAUCGACGGCGCCCACACCCUCAUGGCCGUCGUAGCUGACCUCAUCAUGAUCCUCAGCGGGCUGUUCGCCUCGCUCGGAGACUCGGGCACCGCCCAGCGCUGGGGCUGGUACGCCAUCGGCUGCGUCUCAUACCUGUUUGUCAUCUGGCACGUCGGCUUGCACGGCUCCCGCACGGUCUCGGCCAAGGGCUCGGCCGUCACGAGACUGUUCAGUUCCCUUGCCAUCUUUUCUUUGCUUCUGUGGACCACAUAUCCAAUUGUGUGGGGCAUCGCAGACGGCGCGCACAAGACAAGCGUCGACACCGAGAUCAUGAUCUACUCCGUGCUUGACGUGUUGGCCAAGCCCGUCUUUGGGCUCUGGUUGCUGAUCAGCCACCGCGCCCUUGCCGACACCAAAAUUGACAUUGGCGGCUACUGGUCGCACGGCCUGGCCUCGCAGGGCCGGAUCCGCAUUGGAGACGACGAAUAAAUCACAGGACUCGCACUCUGCAUGUCGUUGGGCAGAACUAGAUAUUACGUACGAACUUGGUUAUGAAUACGUAAGGUAAGUACUUGGCUUUGCU